GUUUCAGCUUAAGGUCACAUGCAUCCUACCUCCUAUUUCUAAUGAUCCAGAAGAUGAUGUUUGCAUGGAAGACGAAGCUAAUAAAGAUCUGGAUGACAUGGCCGAUUUAUCCAAGAGAGGUUAUAAGUUUAAAAUUAGAGAUUGGCGAAACAUGUCAGUAGACCUAUACGGUGCUAAUGAAGAAAUAAGAAGAGCAUCUUUACUGUUUGGGAAUGGAGGGAUGAGUCAAGCUUCUACUUCGUAUCAGGAGGAGUCUUUGGAAUCAAAGAUCAACAGAAUCAGCGAGAUGGUGGGAGAUAAUUUAAGGAUCAUGAACGAUCGUUUGUGUUUGAUUGAAAAAGACAGGAAACAGAUUAAAGAACGUGUGACAAACCUAGAGAAACUACAAAGAGUUACUUCAUAUGAAACUCCAAACAAUGAGACUGACACAACUCCAUUUCAUGAGACGGCUUCCAGACAAGGUGAAGCCAAUGCAGAUCAAGCAGAUGAACAACUUAACAAUGAGGAUACACGAGAGCCUAUGAAUGAGAUCACGAAAGAGACACCUGGUUCUCCAAUAGCUCAACAGAAUAUUGAGACUCCAGUCCUUACUCCAAUUCAGACGCAGCAGGAGACUCACGAGCUUAUGAAUGAGAUCAUUUCACCAAACAUUUCCGACACACAGCCAAAUACCCGAGCUCGCAGAAAUCUUUUAACAGAGCAAAAUAAGGAUGUAGAAAGCAGAGUUCAAAAUCCCUUUGAGAUCGGAGCAAAUGUGGAGAUUUCAUCACAAGAUGACAAUACUUGUCAUAAAUGGUAUCCAGGAAAUGUGUUGGCAACAUAUUUGGUUGAUGGGGUUGAGAUGGUGAAAGUUGAGUACUUCGUCCCGUCUCUGGACGAAAAGAAGAGGAAAAGGAGUGUUGAGACACGUGUAUCAAUUGACAGAAUACGUCCUCAACCACCACCUGAGAGAUCUGGAGCGAAGAAAAGUUAUGAGCUAAUGCAGGACGUGGAGGCGUUCGACAAUGGUGCCUGGUGCGCUGGAAAAGUUAAAGUCAUUUUGUUUGAUGGCUCGUGUUUUGUCUCUUUGAACAAUUCUAAAGAACAAAUUUACUUCCACCAUUCUGAGAUGCGAAAACCAAGAAAAUGGGUAGAUGGUGUUUGGGAGAUGACAAAAAAGAUGGAAGAAGAGCAGACGCAGAGUGUGAAUCCAAGUGAAGGAGAUGGUGAUAAAAAGGGGAAGGCGAAGGCUGUCGCUUGUAAGAAAAAUGAAGCAGCUGGUCCAUCAGAAGAUGGUGUUGGGAAAAUGGCAAAAGAGAUAGAAGUAAAGCAGGGUAAGAGUGUGAAACCAAGUCAAGACGAUCAUGCAAAAAAGGGGAAGCCACAUGUUGGUAAGAAGAAGAAAGCAAAUGCUCAGCCAGUAGAUUUGCUUCCUUUUCUACAGCGAGAAGAGAAGAGGCCAAUACGACCUAGAAACCCUCCUAUACCUGUAACACCUGAGGUAAUCCUUCCAAUUGAUCCAUUUGUGACACCUGAAUUUCCUCGGUUUUCAAGGCUUACACACUGGAUGGAUCUACGGGGCAUAUAUCGUGUGUAAGCAACUUUUUGUCCUCGCAUAAAUAUUCCUAAUUUAUUUUGUAAAAGUUUCGAUUGAUACUAGUUAAUUUUAUCAACUACAGACCGUUUUAUAUCAAUGGAAAAGAAAUUGAAAAAGAGUUCUUUCAAAAAAUGGACGAUGCAGAAAACAAUCUCAACAAAGAGGUAAUCAACACUCUGUUCUGUCUUCUAUUUGAUUGUGUGAUAUGUUUAGGAAGAGGUUGAGUUGAGCUAUGCUAGAUGUCCAUGUUAUAGCAGUUCUAUAUGAAGUUUCUAACUAUAUUGUUACAUUGGCAGCACAUAAAUGUUGCAUUUGAAAUGCUAAAUUGUAAGAGGGUUGAGCAAGGUGCUUGGUUCCGCAACAACAAUCUUCCACCAGCAUGCUUUGUACCAGUCAAAUUCUUAGAAGAGGUUGGGUACGCUUAUGAAUCUGUCAGGAAGCCACAUAAGAAAAAAAAAAGUUAUUGGAGGGCUGUGUAGGCGAACUUGUGAAAGGUUUAAUACAUCCAAAGAAGGUAUGGCUGGAAGAUGUUGAUGUUAUAUAUGGUGUCAUUGAAGAUAAGUUGAGCUGUCACUAUAUUGGGGUGGAGAUACAAUUGAUGGACAACACAAUCACACUCUUCCAUUGUGGUCUUCCAAAAGCAAAUAUCAAACGUGCUCUUAAUCAAAUCCAAGAACUGGCAGGUAAAAA